UGGAGGCAGCGCCAGCGCCCUUGGGCGUGCCCGUGUCCAACGAGGGGCGAGGACCCGCCCCCUUUCCCACGGCCGGGCUUCUUUCCCACGGGUGGCGCGGGGGUCGUGCCCGGGGUGGCCGCCGCAGCCCCGCCAUGCCCGGGGUGGUCCGCAAGAACCCGGACCUGGAGUUCGACUGCCUGCAGCCCUGCUUCUACCCGGACGAGGAUGACUUCUCCUGCUGCGGGCCGGACUCGGCGCCCCCGGGGGAGGACAUCUGGAAGAAGUUCGAGCUGCUGCCCACGCCACCGCUGUCCCCCAGCCGGGCUGGCCUCCCCGGGCCCCCGCGGACCCCCUCUGAGCCCCCAGACUGGGCCUGCGACCUGCCGCCGCCGCCCCCCGAGGGGGACGGGGACCCCUGGGGCGGGCCCGGAGACCCCAUCGUCCUCAGGGACUGCAUGUGGAGCGGCUUCUCCGCCCGGGAGAAGCUGGAACGGGCCGUCACCGAGAAGCUGCACGGAAAAGGACCGGCCGCCGCCGCCUCCUCCGCGACGCCCUCCGGCGCGCCCGCCCCCACCGUGCCCGGCUGCGUCGACCCCGCCGUCGUCUUCCCCUUCCCCGUCACCAAAAGGGAGCCUUCGGGGUUGGCGACCGGCCCCCCCGGGCCCCGCCGCCCCCGCUGCCCCCGACAGCCCCCCGACGGCGACAGUCGUGCCAACAGCAGCUCCGGCGACGACACCCUCAGCGAUUCCGAUGACGAAGAGGACGAAGAAGAGGAUGAAGAAGAGGAGAUUGAUGUGGUCACCGUGGAGAAGCGGCGGUCCUCCUCUAACAAGGCCGUCACCACGUUCACCAUCACUGUUCGCCCGAAAAACACCACCUUUGCCUCCGUGAGGACAGCCCAGAAUGAACUGACCCUGAAGCGCUGUGCCCCAAUCCACCAGCAGCACAACUAUGCCGCCCCUUCCCCCUACGUGGAAAGCGAAGAUGCGCCUCCCCAGAAAAAACUGAAAAACGACGCCCCACGCCUGGUCAAAAACAUGAUCCCACCAAAGCCCAAAAACUCGAGCCCGCGGAACUCAGACUCGGAGGAUAGCGAGCGCCGUCGCAACCACAACAUCCUGGAACGCCAGCGGCGGAAUGAUUUGAGGUCCAGUUUUCUCACGCUAAGGGACCACGUGCCGGAGCUGGUUAAAAACGAGAAAGCCGCUAAGGUCGUCAUUUUGAAAAAAGCCACAGAAUAUGUCCAUUCCCUUCAGGCUGAGGAGCACAAGUUGUUGCUGGAAAAGGAAAAGUUGAAAGCCAGGCAGCAUCAGUUGCUAAAGAAAAUAGAACACUCGCGGACUUGCUAAACUCUCUCUGACCUGGACGGACACUGCCACUUUGCACAUUUUGAUUUUUGGUUUUGGUUUUUUUUUUUUUUUUAAUUGUGUUUUGACGUUAAGAAUGUGGGUUUAUUUUCAAUCCAGUUCCCCACCCCCCCGACCUCCGCCUUCCAAACCGUUAGUUAUCCGAGUGCUGAACAUCUGGGCGUUUUGCAAGGAGCUGAAGAGACUGCCAAAUGUUGAGGGUCUAGCCUUGUACAAUUUUCUCUUUCUUUCUCCCCCACCCCCCGGCCCCCAGCUCCCACCCCCGACAACUGUAGAUGUUCUUUAAGUGUUGUGAGCAUUUGGAGCUGCUGAUGACACCUCGUUGAGUUUGAAACAGAAAUUCAUUCCUUUUUAAUGGUGCUUAUGUUCUAACAGAUGUUACUUUAGGGGUUGACCUUGGAGCCCCUGGGGGAAAUUUCUGUAAAUACCAUUUCUACAUUUGCCUUUUGUACAUGUCUUGGGUUAUGAGAGGUGGCUUUGGCUGCCCAUGUUAGACUGGAAGUUCAUACCUAAGUACUGUAAUACCUCAAUGUUUGAGGAGCAUGUUUUGUAUACAAAUAUAUUGUUAAUCUCUGUUAUGUACUGUACUAAUUCUUACACUGCCUGUAUACUUUAGUAUGAUGCUGAUACAUAACUAAAUUUGAUACUUAUAUUUUCGUAUGAAAAUGAGUUGUGAAAGUUUUGAGUAGAUAUUACUUUAUCACUUUUUGAACUAAGAAACUUUUGUAAAGAAAUUUACUAUAUAUGCCUUUUCCUAGCCUGUUUCUUCCUGUUAAUGUAUUUGUUAAUGUUUGGUGCAUAGAACUGGGGAAAUGCAAAGUUCUGUGUUUAAUUUCUUUGAAAUGUACAUUUAGUGCUGCAUCUUAUAGCACUUUGAAAUACCUCAUGUUUAUGGAAAUAAAUAGCAAUUAAAUGAU